GUUCGCGCUGCGGCGGGAGGUGGUGGCCGGGGUGGGAGGUGUGUGAGCGCGUGUGUCGCGCGGUGGGGAGCAGUGGGUCGCGCUGCCGGCUGUCAGCUAGCUACGCGCCGCCGCCCGAUGGCUCCAAGAGGUGUGCUGGAUCGACCCCGGGGGGCCGGCAGUGGGUAAGCCCCUCUGCCUGUCUCCCGCGAGCAUGACACCUCCAGCCUCGGCGACAGCCUUCGCCAGCAGUGCCCGCGCUCCCGCCUCCGGCAGCCGCAGCCACUGCCUUGGGCAGUGGCCCCCGGACCCCCGCCCUUGAUCCACGCCCAGACCCUAGCGUCAGAAGACCAUGGCUGGCCAAGGGGACUGCUGCGUCAAGGUGGCGGUCAGGAUCCGGCCCCAGCUGUCAAAGGAGAAGAUUGAGGGCUGUCACAUCUGUACGUCUGUAACCCCGGGGGAACCCCAGGUCCUACUGGGGAAGGACAAGGCCUUCACCUAUGACUUUGUUUUUGACUUGGACACUUGGCAAGAACAGAUCUAUUCGACCUGUGUGAACAAGCUUAUCGAGGGCUGCUUUGAGGGCUACAAUGCCACAGUGCUGGCCUAUGGGCAGACGGGGGCCGGGAAGACGUACACUAUGGGCACUGGCUUCGACACGGUGACGUCAGAGGAGGAGCAGGGCAUCAUCCCAAGGGCCAUAGCUCACCUCUUCGGGGGCAUCGCUGAACGCAAGCGACGGGCUCAGGAGAAGGGUGUGGCUGGGCCUGAAUUCAAAGUCAGCGCUCAGUUCCUGGAGCUCUACAAUGAGGAGAUCCUUGACCUGUUUGAUAGCACUCGUGACCCUGACGCUCGCCACCGCAGGUCCAACAUCAAGAUCCACGAGGAUGCCAAUGGUGGCAUCUAUACCACAGGCGUCACGUCUCGCCUCAUCAACUCCCAGGAGGAGCUGAUCCAGUGCCUGAAGCAGGGCGCCUUGUCCCGUACCACGGCCAGCACCCAGAUGAAUGUACAGAGCUCGCGCUCCCAUGCCAUCUUCACCAUCCACCUGUGCCAGAUGCGUGUGUGUGCCCAGCCCGACCUGGUGAACGAGGCGGUGACAGGGCUUCCUGAGGGCACAGCUCCUACGAACGAAUACGAGACACUCACAGCCAAAUUUCACUUUGUGGACCUGGCUGGCUCCGAGAGGCUGAAGCGGACAGGGGCCACGGGUGAGCGGGCCAAGGAGGGCAUCUCCAUCAACUGUGGCCUGCUGGCCUUGGGCAAUGUGAUCAGCGCCCUGGGGGACCAGAGCAAGAAGGUGGUGCACGUGCCCUACAGGGACUCCAAGCUCACUCGGCUCCUCCAGGACUCUCUGGGGGGCAACAGCCAGACCAUCAUGAUUGCCUGCGUGAGCCCCUCAGAUCGGGACUUCAUGGAGACACUCAACACACUCAAAUACGCCAACCGGGCCCGCAACAUCAAGAACAAGGUGGUGGUGAACCAGGACAAGACGAGCCAGCAGAUCAGCGCACUGCGGGCUGAGAUCGCUCGCCUGCAGAUGGAGUUGAUGGAGUAUAAGGCGGGCAAGCGGGUGAUUGGGGAGGAUGGAGCCGAGGGCUACAGUGACCUGUUCCGGGAGAAUGCCAUGCUGCAGAAGGAGAACGGGGCACUGCGGCUGCGGGUGAAGGCCAUGCAGGAAGCCAUCGAUGCCAUCAACAGCCGUGUCACCCAUCUCAUGAGCCAGGAGGCCAACCUGCUUCUGGCCAAGGCUGGUGAUGGCAACGAGGCCAUCGGUGCUCUGAUCCAGAACUAUAUCCGGGAAAUUGAGGAGCUGCGGACAAAGCUCCUGGAGAGUGAGGCCAUGAAUGAGUCCCUCCGCCGCAGCCUGUCAAGGGCAUCGGCUCGGAGCCCCUAUUCCCUGGGAGCAUCCCCAGCCGGUCCGGCCUUUGGGGCCAGCCCAGCCAGCUCCAUGGAGGAUGCUUCUGAGGUGAUCCGCAGGGCCAAGCAGGACCUGGAGCGACUGAAGAAGAAGGAGGUCAGGCAGCGGAGGAAGAGUCCAGAGAAGGAAGCCUUCAAAAAGAGGGCAAAACUCCAACAGGAAAACAGUGAGGAGACAGACGAGAAUGAGGCUGAGGAGGAGGAGGAAGAUCGAGACGAGAGUGGCUGUGAGGAGGAGGAAGGGCGUGAGGAUGAAGACGAGGACUCGGGCAGCGAGGAGAGCCUGGUGGACUCAGACUCAGACCCCGAGGAGAAGGAGGUGAACUUCCAGGCGGACCUGGCCGACCUGACAUGUGAGAUCGAGAUCAAGCAGAAGCUGAUUGAUGAGCUGGAGAACAGCCAGCGGCGCCUGCAGACGCUCAAGCACCAGUACGAGGAGAAGCUGAUCCUGCUGCAGAACAAGAUCCGAGACACCCAGCUAGAGCGGGACCGUGUGCUACAGAACCUCAGCACCAUGGAGUGCUACACAGAGGAGAAGGCCAACAAGAUCAAGGCGGAUUAUGAGAAGAGACUGCGGGAGAUGAACCGAGACCUGCAGAAACUGCAGGCCGCGCAGAAGGAGCACGCCCGGCUGCUCAAGAACCAAUCGCGCUAUGAGAGGGAGCUGAAGAAGCUUCAGGCUGAGGUGGCCGAGAUGAAGAAGGCCAAGGUGGCCCUGAUGAAGCAGAUGCGGGAGGAGCAGCAGCGCCGCCGGCUGGUGGAGACCAAGAGGAACCGGGAGAUCGCUCAGCUCAAGAAGGAGCAGCGACGGCAGGAGUUUCAAAUCCGGGCCUUGGAAUCCCAGAAGCGGCAGCAGGAAAUGGUCCUGAGGAGGAAAACCCAGGAGGUUUCUGCAUUGAGGCGCCUGGCCAAGCCCAUGUCGGAGCGGGUGGCAGGGCGCGCAGGGCUGAAGCCACCCAUGCUGGACUCGGGGGCUGAGGUGUCAGCCAGCACCACCUCAUCUGAGGCCGAGUCGGGGGCCCGCUCUGUCUCCAGCAUUGUGCGCCAGUGGAACCGCAAGAUCAACCACUUCCUGGGUGACCAUCCUGCCAACACCGUCAAUGGUACCCGCCCGGCCAGAAAGAAGUUCCAGAAGAAGGGGGCCAGCCAGAGCUUCAGUAAGGCUGCAAGACUCAAGUGGCAGUCCCUGGAACGGAGGAUCAUUGAUAUUGUCAUGCAGAGAAUGACCAUUGUCAACCUGGAAGCUGACAUGGAGAGGCUCAUCAAGAAAAGGGAGGAGCUGUUCCUCCUGCAGGAGGCGCUGCGGAGGAAACGUGAGCGGCUGCAGGCCGAGAGCCCGGAGGAGGAGAAGGGGCUGCAGGAGUUGGCCGAGGAGAUUGAGGUGCUGGCGGCCAACAUCGACUACAUCAACGACAGCAUCACCGACUGCCAGGCCACCAUCAUGCAGCUGGAGGAGACCAAGGAGGAGCUGGACUCCACGGAUACCUCGGUGGUCAUCAGCUCCUGCUCCCUGGCCGAAGCCCGCCUCCUGCUGGACAACUUCCUCAAGGCGUCCAUUGACAAGGGGCUGCAAGUGGCACAGAAGGAGGCCCAGAUCCGGCUGCUGGAGGGACGGCUGAAGCAGACAGACAUGGCAGGCUCCUCCCAGAACCACCUGCUCCUGGAUGCCCUGCGUGAGAAGGCCGAGGCGCACCCCGAACUGCAGGCCCUCAUCUACAAUGUACAGCAGGAGAAUGGCUAUGCCAGCACAGACGAGGAAGUCUCAGAAUUCUCUGAGGGGAGCUUCUCCCAGUCAUUCACCAUGAAAGGCUCCACCAGCCAUGAUGAUUUCAAGUUCAAGGGGGAGCCCAAGCUGUCUGCCCAAAUGAAGGCUGUGUCAGCUGAGUGCCUGGGACCCCCACUGGACAUCUCCACCAAGAACAUCACCAAGUCCUUGGCCUCCCUUGUUGAGAUCAAAGAAGAUGGGGUGGGCUUCUCCAUCCGUGAUCCCUACUACCGAGACAAGGUCUCACGCACCGUCAGCCUGCCCACCCGGGGCAGUACUUUCCCCCGGCAGUCUCGAGGCACAGAGACGUCCCCUCUGUCCCGGAGGAAGUCCUAUGACCGGGGGCAGCCUAUCAGGUCCACAGAUGUGGGAUUCACGCCUCCAUCUUCCCCUCCCACCCGGCCCCGCAAUGACCGCAACGUCUUCUCUCGUCUCACCAGUAAUCAGAGCCAGGGGUCAGCACUGGACAAGUCUGAUGACAGCGACUCCUCUUUGUCGGAGGUCCUGAGGGGCAUCAUCACCCCCGUUGGAGGAGCUAAGGGUGCGCGGACAGCCCCGCUGCAGUGUGUGUCUGUGGCCGAGGGUCACACCAAGCCCAUCCUCUGCCUGGAUGCCACAGACGAGUUGCUUUUCACAGGGUCCAAAGACCGAAGCUGCAAGAUGUGGAACCUAGUAACGGGGCAGGAGAUCGCAGCUCUAAAGGGCCAUCCCAACAAUGUGGUCUCCAUCAAGUACUGCAGCCACUCGGGGCUGGUGUUCUCCGUGUCCACCUCCUACAUCAAGGUGUGGGACAUCCGGGACUCAGCCAAGUGCAUUCGGACUCUCACGUCCUCAGGCCAGGUGAUCUCAGGUGACGCCUGUGCUGCCACUUCAACCCGGGCCAUCACCAGUGCCCAGGGGGAGCACCAGAUCAACCAGAUGGCCCUCAGCCCCUCUGGCACCAUGCUGUAUGUGGCCGCAGGCAAUGCCGUCCGCAUCUGGGAGCUCAGCAGGUUCCAACCCAUUGGCAAGCUGACUGGACACAUUGGCCCCGUGAUGUGCCUGACGGUCACCCAGACUGCCAGCCAGCAUGACCUGGUGGUGACUGGCUCCAAGGACCACUACGUCAAGAUGUUCCAGCUCGGCGAGUGUGUGACAGGUACCAUUGGCCCCACUCAUAACUUUGAGCCCCCGCACUACGAUGGCAUCGAGUGCCUGGCCAUCCAGGGAGACAUCCUGUUCAGUGGCUCCCGUGACAACGGCAUCAAGAAGUGGGACCUGGAGCAGCAGGAGCUCAUUCAGCAAAUCCCCAAUGCCCACAAGGACUGGGUGUGUGCCCUGGCCUUCGUCCCAGGCCGCCCCAUGCUGCUGAGCGCCUGCCGCGCGGGCGUCAUCAAAGUCUGGAACGUGGACAACUUCACGCCCAUUGGUGAGAUCAAGGGCCACGACAGCCCCAUCAAUGCCAUCUGUACCAACACUAAGCACAUCUUUACAGCCUCCAGUGACCUGACGGUGAAGUUCUGGAGCAUACGGCGGUUACCAGCGGCCAACCCUAGGAGUUAGGUCAGGGCAUGCCUGGACCCUCAACCCCAGCAGCCUUCACUGCAUGGAAGGGAAGCUGUGGCCUGACCAGACUGGCUAGCCGGCACUGGGGACAGAGGGUGUGGCCCCUCUCCUGUUCCACUUCCUCUCCCUCGGCCAUAGGAUACUAUCACCUCCGUUCCUCCCCGACUCUUAGGAGCCUCCUGGUGAAAGAAGUUGGAGAGGAAAUCAAGCUGUGAAGCCAAAGGGCAUUACCCCUCUUCUCUCUCCCCUGGAAGUCCCCUGGGGUUCCCUCCAUCUGGCCACAUGGUCUCCUGCUGAGCUAGCCCUGCUGCAGGCCAUUGGUCCAGGGUGGGACCUGUAGGGGAGGGGAAGCAGCUUCUGCCCAUCAUGCCCCUCUGAUGAGCGCCCAGCUCAGCCUCUGUACCACUUCACCUGCCUCUGAGCCCAACCAGGUAGUCCUCAGGUAACCAUGGAAACCAGGUGUAGGCAGCUAGGCCUUGCAGCUGACCUUGAACCCUGUGGCCAACAACAUCUAGUCCCAGUGGGCCUGAACCAUUCCCUGGAGUCCCAUUCUGAUGGGGGCCAAGGUGGAGCUACUAGAAAGAUUCCUUUGAGGAGAUGGUCAGGAAUACUUCAUUUUUUUAAUUUAUUAUUUUUUUAUUUUUUGCUGUUGCCUCCUGGAAACCGACUUGAAGUUCCCUCCCACACAUUCUUUCCCUCAGCUUUAGGGACUUUGCUCCCCAGCACUCCAGGGCCACCUCCUCUGUUUGCUUUGCAAAGGAGAGAAAUGCCCUCUGCCACUCUUUGCAGCCCUGACCUAUCCCCAGCUCUGUCCCUGGGGAUGCUUCUAGUGCCCCCCUGGCCUCUGGGCCGCCUGAGCUUCAGUGCCUUCCUUCGCCCCGGGGCCUGGCCCUCGUGCUGGGCAGCCUUACGCCAACCAUGCCCGCUGCGCCACAUGUGUCUUCUACUCAAGGGGUCUCAUGUCCACCACCCCUGGAAGGCGGGGGAGCUCACCCCACACAGCCCAGGGCUGGGGAGCCCUGCUCCCCAGACUCCCACAUGGUCACAUAGGAAGCAGCUUGGUGGCCCUGUCCACUAGGAAGCUGCUUGGGUGGUGAGGACUGCCCAGCACCUUGCCCCUCCCUCCCAAUCAACCUAUCGUUUCACCCCUGAAUAGGACAAGGGGUCUUUUCAGCUUCUGUCCUUCUGGUUAUCAGGAGGCACAUUCUCAAGCCUUAAAAGCGGCAUGGGGCAUGGGCCUCCCUAGAGAUUGGAGGUCAGAUGGCAGUUAGUUCACUGAGCCGCUCCCUCCCCUGGGGCUCCAGGAGGGGGCCAAACCAGUGUUCUGACGCCCCCUGUUGGACCCACUCUGAAUUCACAGGAAUGGGAGGGGCCAGCUCCGUCCCUCACUCCUGGCUUCUCCCCAAGCCUGUCCACAUUGUUUUCCGUUGCUUCACUGGUCUGGUGCUGACCGGCCCCAGUCUGGAAGCCAGGAUUCCCAGCUCCGUUCGGAGGACAUGGUGACUUAUGGACUACCCAGUUAAUGGCGCGAUGUUUCUGUCCUGAGCUCCUCUCCGUCUGUGGCUGGGGCUGUUGGAGUCUGCUCCACAUGGGCCCUGGUGGGCAGGGUGAGGCCCCAGUGAAAGCUGAGGCCUGCCACCCUCCCUGAGCCCUCCUCAGAGCCACCCCAGAGGCUAAGGAGGCCGUCCUGCUUGUUGGCGGCCCCUGCUGGACAUGGCAUUGAGUCUGGGUGAGCAUGCUCAUCUCCUGGAACCUGGACAGUCUGUCUGCUUCGACUGGAAGUCCUUCUUUCUCUUUCCAUCCCUGGAGUGCUGGCUAGCUCCCUUUGCACUCAGAAGUGACCACAAGUCUCCCCCUCCCCGUCCACCCCUCCCCGCCUGAACAGAGAGCUUCGACCUUCAAACUCGUCCGCAUGACCGUUUACAACUACAGAAACACGUGGAGACUUGUGCCCCCUCCCCUGCCCCCAUGGGCCAGGGAGGCCCCAUCGUGGGGCCACCCAGCCCAGGUGACUGUACUGUAGCUGCAAGGCCUGUCCGAGGUGUGGUCUCACGGCCCUGCGAGAGGUGCUCAUCAACAUUGCCCGCUCUUCGCCAUUCCUGAUGGGUCACUACCUCACAGCGGGGCCGGCUCUGCUGUCCCGGCCAGUGUCAUUGACUCUAAACUUGAAGUCCUUUGGGAGCCCUGAGCCAGUCGUCUCUGAGCCGCCCGGACCUGUGCUCUACGAGCGUUGGAGUCACCCACUCUUUCCAGAGGUCCAUAGUCAGGGGGCAAGUCCCCGGUCACUGCACAAGCAUCCAGAGUUGGAAGCACAAACUGGUUGUGAUUUGAGCACAAUGGCAGGGUUCUCACGGGCAGUGUGCACAGUCCUGGGCCUGGGAGGCUCCUCCCAGGUUGACCUUGUCCCCUGUUAUACUAAGGAUGCCCGUGUCUAGAAUUGGUGGCUGCCCUUGCUGAGGCUAGGUCUUGGCUUGUAAUCGUCAUUUUACUUCUUGUGCCCAUCCUAAGGCCAGAGCCCAGGCCACAUCUGUAUGUUGUGGGCCCAGGGAGUAGAGCCCUCCCUUGUCCCCACACCCCAGGGCUGGCUCCCAGCCCUACCAAGCCUAAAGAACUUGGCCCCAGACUCCCUGCCUCCUGGGUUGAGCCCCUGUCCUUGCUUUUGAAGUGGAUUGGCUUCCACCCAGGAGGAUGGUGUCCUCCAUCCCCGCUGCCUGCGGGCCCUCUCAGCACAGUCCUGUGUCAGGACCUCAUUCUCAGUAUUAGCCAGUUAGUAUUUGAUUUUACUCUAGUGACUUGGCCCCUCUGAAGCAGCCAGAAUCCUCCAGGGUCGCACCUGGAGCUCCAUGGGAGAUUGCCAAGGAGGGAGGUGGACAAAAAGGCAGAGGCUAGCCCAGACAAGCCUGGUGGUCAGGGGUACCACCAGCCGCUUGGGAAGGGACAGCUGUGGCUCUGGGAGUGGCCUCCAGCCCACCCACCCUUGCCCCAGCUGCAGCCUUGGAAACUCCGCCUUGAGUGGUCCAGCCCUGUUGCCCACCUGGGGCCCUGUGGCUUUGGCAGAGGGCAGUUGAAAGCACAAACCCACCGUAAGGAAGACCCUGAGUGGCUGGAAUUUUCUUGUGCUCCCCAGUGUGGUGGGCACAGAGGCAGGCGGCCCUGUGAAGUCAAGGGAGAUGUCUCUUUGCCCUGCCCCCACACCCCCAGUCCCGGCUCCUGGUGGGGCAGUUCCUGAUGGAGUCUGGGCUGGGUGCAGGCACACCCCUCUGGCUGUCUGGACCCUGCCUGUGCCUGGUAUGUUUGUAUGGGCAGGGCCUGCCCUGCAGGAAUGGUGAAUUCCUUCCCACUGUGUGGCCCAAACCUGUGGCUUCUAUCCCUUUGCCAUCUCAAACAAGAAACUGCUUGCUGCCUUCUUUGCUGGGUAUAGCCUCCUCCUCCUCAUCAAUGGCCAGUGUCCCCCACAGGCCUUCCUGAGCCUGGGCCUCCUCUCCCAGCUCUCAAACUGUCAUGGCCCUCUUAUGUAUAAGAACAAAAUCUGCAGGGAAAGUUCUGUUUCUUCUCUGGCACCUUUGUUCUGUCCCUUAUGUCUACCUCCCUCUGUCUCCAACACCCAAAUGAUCCCUCAGCCCCCACCACACCUUAGUUCAGUCCUUUAAACCUGUGUCCCUAGGGCCUUGCCAGGAAGAGGGAAGUAAAAACUGUUUGAUGAAGAGCAGAGAGUCAGAGAAGACCCCUGAAGUGAAUCAGGGUCCUGCCCUGACACCAGCUUUUUCCUAGCCAUCACUCCGACCCAGGCUGCAGGGUCUUGUUUGGCUCUGCGAUGUGACGAGCACAAGGUGUAUAUAUAUAUAUGUUUUGUACCUCUGCUGAGACUGUACAUAAUGUAUGAAAGUUAUUUAAGCCUCAUGCUGUACAUUUCUGUUCCUAGAUCAUGUGUGUGUUCUAAGAAGUUGUCAUAAAUAAAACCCCAACGACCCGUGUC